AUGGACUGGUCCCAGAUUCAUAAAUUGUGUGUGUUGUUGCUAGACUGGCUGAUUUAUAAUGAUUACUCUCACGAAGCCGAAAAACUGCUGAAAUAUUUGGAUGAAAUCUCCAGUGGGGUCUUUGUUCCUGAAAAUGAAACCCUUUCCCGUCGAGUAGAAAAUCUCAGGAGCAAGAAUUCCUCUUCAAGAGUUGAGUCAUCGGAAGAGCCAUUUCUCAACUUCCUCGUUUCGAUGGGCCCAAGUCCGACGGAUGGGAACCUGUUUCUCGGCGAAUUCGUCCCGAUUCUAGAGGCCCUUUGCAAGUCAACUGCGAACAAGGAACUCGGAGAAGAAGCCGUCGCAAGAUCAUCGGCAAAAGAAGCGACGAAUCUCUUAUUGGCAAAAGUGAAAGGCUUCAGCUUCGAAAACUCGAGUCCUCUGGCUGCGCCUAACUUUCAAAAACUCAUCAAGAGGCUCAAGUCGCGACAAUUCAGGCCAAUUAAAGAUCAGAAGAAUCCAGACUCGGGGGAUGAAACGUUCGCAUCCUCCGACUCAAUUUUUCAAUCGGAAGAAUCAGAAGAGUUUAAUUUCUCAAGCAUCAGUCCGAAAAACUUGUCGCCUGGAAUUGAACCAACGAAAAGAACGGCUGUUACUUAUAACAACACGCAGCCAUUUGACACAGAAGAUGCCGUAGAUCAAGCCACGAGCUCAUGUGGUGAGCAACUUCAAAAUAGCACAAGCAGCACGAGAAGAGUUUCUCCAGUUUCGCGACUGCUGACGCCACCCGGAAAUGCCAAGCGCAGAAAGUCUGCGUCGCCUAAGUCCCCGUAUAAACCCGUCUGCUGA